GCAACUCUGCCCUGAGCGACCUCCUGAUCAAGGAAACACAGGGACCUGGUAAAACAACAACGUCCAGAGAGUAGUUUUAAAGAGACACAGGAGCAUUGGUACCUCACAAGCUCCUUGGCCUGGGUCUCCCUCCAGCAGAAGGGAAAUGGCAGAGUUAAAGGCUAAAAUCAACUCCUGUUUAAGUUAGAGCAAAGGGAGGUGGAGUCCCAGUCACCAUGGCAAUCAUGCACACCUCCCGUGUGAGAAACUCUCAGCAGAUGCUCACUGAAGAACUUCCAUGGGCCAAGACACAAGGUACACAGAGUACAUUUCUGGAUUUGGGAACGAGUGUGCUUCAGAGGACCCUCGCUGUCCAGGUUCCCUGCCAAAAGGACAGAAUAAUCCUCAGGUCUGCCCCUACAAUCUCUACGCUGAGCAGCUCUCGGGAUCAGCCUUCACUUGUCCACGAAAUACCAAUAAGAGAAGCUGGCUGUAUAGGAUUCUCCCUUCAGUUUCUCACAAGCCCUUUGAGUCCAUCGACCAAGGCCACGUCACCGACAACUGGGAUGAAGUUGGCCCUGAUCCUAACCAGCUAAGAUGGAAACCAUUUGAGAUUCCAAAAGCGUCUGAGAAGAAAGUGGACUUUGUGAGUGGCUUGCAUACCUUAUGUGGAGCAGGAGACAUCAAGUCUAACAACGGCCUCGCUGUGCACAUUUUCCUGUGUAACUCCUCCAUGGAGAAUAGAUGCUUUUACAACUCAGAUGGGGAUUUCCUGAUUGUUCCCCAGAAAGGGAAACUUCUCAUUUACACAGAGUUUGGCAAGAUGUUCCUGCAGCCCAAUGAGAUCUGCGUCAUUCAGAGAGGAAUGCGAUUCAGCAUCGAUGUCUUUGAGGAGACCAGGGGCUACGUCCUGGAGGUCUAUGGUGUCCACUUUGAGUUACCGGACCUGGGACCCAUUGGAGCAAAUGGCUUGGCCAAUCCUCGAGAUUUCUUGAUCCCUGUUGCCUGGUAUGAAGAUCGUCGAGUGCCAGGUGGUUACACUGUGAUUAAUAAAUACCAGGGCAAGCUGUUUGCUUGCAAACAGGAUGUCUCUCCAUUCAAUGUUGUGGCCUGGCAUGGAAACUAUACACCCUACAAGUACAACCUAGAGAACUUCAUGGUCAUCAAUGCGGUAGCCUUUGACCAUGCGGACCCUUCCAUUUUCACUGUGCUGACUGCCAAAUCCCUCCGACCUGGAGUGGCCAUUGCUGACUUUGUCAUCUUCCCACCUCGGUGGGGGGUUGCAGAUAAAACCUUCAGACCUCCUUAUUACCACAGGAACUGCAUGAGUGAGUUCAUGGGACUCAUCAAAGGUCACUAUGAGGCAAAGCAAGGUGGAUUCCUGCCAGGGGGCGGCAGCCUGCACAGUGCUAUGACCCCUCACGGCCCCGAUGCGGACUGCUUUGAGAAGGCCAGCAAGGCCAAACUCGAGCCUGAGAGGAUAGCUGACGGCACCAUGGCAUUUAUGUUUGAAUCUUCCUUAAGUUUGGCACUCACCAAGUGGGGACUCAAGACCUGUAGUUGUUUGGAUGAGAACUACUACAAAUGCUGGGAGCCUCUCCGGAGCCACUUCACCCCCAAUUCCAGGAGCCCGACAGAGCCUAAGUGAGACCGGAGCCCUCUACUGGAAUUGAGAACAGACUUGCCUGGCUUCCUUGAGAUCCGCACAGCUCUGACAUCUCAUCCUCUACGGGGACAGUGUUCAGAAAUGUAUGGCUUUCUAAUUACCCAAUAAAUAGGUGUUCUGUGGAA